AUGCGCCAGGUAUCUGUAGAUGUUCCCACUUCUAGGGGUCUCCAAGGAAUCUUCAGCAAAGCACAAUCUUCACAUCCUGAUCCAGAGGCUGACAAUCCAAAGACGAAGAGAAUUCUCGACAGAACGUCUGCAGACUUUCCAAAAGGUAGUCUUUGUGCGAUUAUGGGGGGAUCAGGCUCCGGAAAGACAACCUUACUCAAUAUCCUUUCGCGUCGCAUGCAAAACGCAUCUAUGGUCUUGUCCGGUUCUGUCUUAUACAACGGCUCUCCCGAACUAUCAACCGUGACAAGCGCCUAUGUCACUCAAAUGGACCUUCUUCUGCCUUCGCUAACUGUCCAGGAAACACUCUUGUAUGCUGCAGCCUUGCGUCUGCCCUACCGCACCACAGCCAUGGAGUGCCGGAACCUUGUGGAAGAGAUCAUCCUCGAGCUUGGUUUAAAGGAAUGCGCCAAUACACAGGUCGGUGAUGGAGCCUCACAUCGAGGAUGCUCUGGCGGAGAGCGCAGACGCCUCAGCAUAGGAGUGCAGAUGCUCAGUAAUCCAAGUGUCCUGUUUUGCGAUGAGCCUACCACUGGUCUUGAUGCGACUUCGGCCUACCAGUUAAUCAAAAUGCUCAAAUCUUUGGCGUCAAAAGGACGUACCGUCAUCUGUACUAUCCAUCAGCCCCGACACGACAUUUUCUUCCUAUUUGAUCGCAUAACCCUCCUCAGCCAAGGCUUUACUGUAUAUUCAGGUCCCACAGACGAAUCUGUGAAAUGGUUCGAAUCACUUAUUCCGGGAAGUCUUUCCGAACAUCUCAACCCGGCAGACUACCUCAUCGGAGUUGCUGCUGUGGAUGACCGUACCCCCGAGGCCGAGUCAAAAACUCGAGCUCAACUUCAUCGUCUCGUCGAGGUGUGGAAGAAGGAAUCUUCAAACCGAUUUUCACUGCCGUCUUCGCCAGAUAGUGUUAAGGUCAAGGGGUCACCAAGGCCCGUCCACACGGCUGGCGUAUGGCGGCAAAUUCAAGUCUUGACGUCCCGUACUAUUGUCACCACGAUUCGCGAUCCAAUGGGCCUCACAGCAUCCUGGAUGGAAGCCGUCGUCAUGGGCUUGGUCUGCGGAUUAGUAUUCUUGAACCUUCCUAAAACCUUAGCGGGCAUCCGUUCUCGGGAGGCAGCGCUUUAUAUUGCGUGUGGCUUACAAGGAUACCUUGUUCUCCUAUAUGACAUCUACCGUCUCACAGGUCCUUCUCUUGCACUUUUUGACCGAGAACACAGCGAACGCGUUGUAGGCGUUGUGCCAUGGGUUAUUUCCACCCGUAUUGCUCGGCUCUUACUCGAAGACGUCAUUGUCCCCUUCCUCUUCUCCGUGAUAUACUACUUCAUGUGUGGGUUCGAUCCCGAUGCCUCUCAGUUCUUUCGCUUUUACGCUGUGGUGUUAUUGAAUCAGUACAUCGCGGUGUCUUUUGCGAUGCUGUGUGCUGCAAUCUCAAGGGACUUCGCAAUUGCAACGCUUAUCGCUAAUUUGAUGUUCACGUUCCAGUCUUUCUCUUGUGGAUUUUUCAUACAGGCUGCGACAAUCCCGGUGUACGUUCGAUGGAUCAAAUGGGUUGGAUAUUGCUUCUAUGGAUUUGCAGCCCUAGUCGCCAACGAGUUCUCGGGGAAAUUCUACGACUGCCCAGAGAGUGGAGGUCCUUCGAAUCCCGCGUGCAUUCAAUACACAGGCGAUUUUAUUCUGGAGAAUCUCUCUUUCCAUCCAAAUUGGUAUACCGUGCCUGUGUGCGCUCUUCUCGGCUUCGUGGUAGUAUUUAACCUGAGCGCAACGUUAUUAUUGCUAUUCUGGACGGUCGAUGUGCAGGUAGCUGGUACGCAUACUGCAAAAAACGCAGACACAAAUGGUCCGGAGAGAUAUCAAGAUGUUUCCGGAAUGAAGAAAGAAAAGGAGCGGGCUAAGUCAGUUGAUAUUGAUGUCGAUCUUGUUGAUCUAGCGUUGACGGUGACCAUUGAAAAAACAUCUCUGAGGAAAGGGUUUACAAAGGUCCACAUUCCCAUCUUGCAUGCGGUCACAACACGUUUUGAAGCUGGGUCGGUGAAUGUAAUCAUGGGUCCAUCUGGGUCGGGAAAGAGUUCUCUGCUCAAUCUGAUGGCCCUGCGCUUCAAGUCCACCCCACUUACUCGAUACAACUCCUCUGGAAAUCUUCUACUCAACGGCUUUCAACCGGACGAAUCAGAGCUCCGUUCUCUAUGUUCGUAUGUCACACAGGACGACAACUCUCUGCUCCCGUACCUUACCGUGCGAGAAAUGCUACGCUUCGCUGCGGGGUUGAGGUUACCUGGGAGUAUGACUAUGAAGGAGAAGAAUAGCAGGGCAGAAGAAGUGAUACGAAUGAUGGGCUUGAGUAACUGCGCUGACUGUUUGAUUGGGAGUGAGUUUGUGAAAGGGAUCAGUGGUGGAGAGAAGAGGAGGGUAAGUAUUGCGGUGCAGGUGUUGACUGAGCCAAGAAUACUUAUUGCCGACGAACCGACAAGUGGUCUCGAUGCAUUCACUGCUUCUUCUAUCCUUGAUGUAUUGAACGGCCUCGCUGCAGAAGGCCGUACCGUAAUCAUCACGAUCCACCAAAGCCGUUCCGAACUUUUCCCCCAAUUUGGCAAUCUACUCCUUCUGGCUAAAGGUGGUCGGGUUGCAUAUUCGGGUAAAGCGUCUCUAAUGAUGCCCUACUUUGGACGCUUGGGUUAUCAAUGUCCCACAAAUUGUAAUCCUAGUGACUGGGCUCUGGAUCUGGUUUCAGUGGACUUGCGGGACGAGAAGGCGGAGGCAGCCAGUCGCUUAAAGGUCGAAGAGAUCCUGGACGCGUAUGAGCCAAAUCCUUCUGCUGGGAUUGAGUUAAAUAUGUCGGAUGAAAGCAAGCAGCGUCAAUAUCGCCCGCUUCCUCCGAAUUUAGUCAGAUUGAAGAAGGAGCCAGCGCCUUUCUAUGUCGCGUUUCCGAUUCUCAUUCGACGGGGAUUGAUCAAUUUCCAGCGUCAACCAAGUUUGGGAAUUGCUCGUAUAGGUCAAGUGUUGGGCCUUGGUUUAGUGCAGGCAUUGUUCUUUGCGCCGUUAAAAAGAGAUUACAUUGCCGCGAGUGUCAAUAUUGUCGGUGCUGUCCAGGAGAUCUUGCCAUUGUAUUUCGUGGGCAUGCUGCAAAAUGUAGCACUUUACCCCAUUGAAAGAGAUGUCUUUUACAAGGAACACGAUGAUGGCGCUUACUCUGUAGAAGCAUUCUUUGCCGCUUAUGUUUGCCUUGAAGUUCCAUUCGAAAUAAUCUCAGCCCUUCUGUAUUCUCUGCUCGGCGACAUUGCCAUCAACCUCAAACGGACGAUUCCGAUGUACUUUAUAAUUGCACUUAACUGUUUCUGCAUAGUUAGUUGUGGCGAGUCUCUUGGUAUCAUCUUCAACACCCUGUUCCAAAGUACCGGAUUUGCUCUUAAUGUCACCAGCGUGCUACUAUCUGUUGGAACGUUCAUGGGUGGGCUCAUGAGCAUCGAUAUGAUAGGUUUCCUCCAAGGAAUUAACUAUAUUUCGCCCCUCAAGUACGCGACGGCGAACAUGCUGCCCUAUACGUUACAGGGAAUGACCUUUACUUGUGACGACGCACAGAGACUGGCGGAUGGUCAAUGUCCUUUGAACACUGGAGAGCAGGUACUGGAUCUGUACAAGUUGAAUGUCGAUCCUGCGCCAAUGCUGGGUGCACUGGUAGGCGCGACGGCCGUUUACAGGCUUGUCGCAUACAUAAUUUUAAGGAUUUCGCGGACUGAUUUCUCUCAUCUUGCUCAGAGUCGAUAUACCGUAAAGCAUGUAUCAUCUUGA